CGCCGGUCAACAUCGGUGUUGCAUUCAUGCGCUAGAUCUGCGCAUUACUUCAUAUGAAUGGAUAUCUUUACAUUUUUUUACUUUCAAAAAGCUAAAGCAGAUAAAAAAAAAUCCUUAUCCUUUUCUGUGUUUACUUUCGACGACUACAAUCAUGUGACCUCGUGGCGUUCGGCCUAAAGGCAUCUAUCUCUAUUCCUUUUGGGGCUUCAUCUAUGGCGGCAUGAUGUGAUCGCGUUCUCGGUGUGAUGUUGUGAUACUAGACUCACUCACAGUAAACAGUGGCAGUGCUCCCUACGAUAUCGAUACCCUGACAACUGAGAUCAGCUGCAACUGGCAAAUCUAAAAUUACCUUUUCGGUAUAUUGUGCCUGCUCUGCCUGUACCUGUGAAAAAAAAGGAAGUCCCGUACUAUGCAAUCUCCGCAAGAGAUUCUCGCCAAUUUGAAAAAAUUUAAUUCCGGUUUCACUCCUGCGCCUCUUACAUCUAGUACUACUGCAACUUCGAAGGCCAAACUGAUCGAGUAUGAGAAGGAACAUGGCCCAAACGUUGACUCGAGUCUCCUGCCUCGUUCUGACUCCAAGUCCUCGCAAGUGGUCCAACAAGACCACGAUCUUCACGAGGAUGUACCGCGGUUUGCCAUAUCCAUUGCAAGACUAUUGCACUACUUUUAUGGACUGCACGACAAAGUUUUUCUACGAGAAAAAGUAGGAGAUUUGCAAGGCAGAGACAUUAUGUGCGACUACGAAUACGAAAGGAGAUGUUUCCUGUUCUUUCUUUCUUUUGCUGUAUUCGUAUUUUUGUACUUUAGUUUACGAAUGCGAUACUCUUUUUGGACAGGAUAUGACAGUGAGGCUGCGGACUUCUUACUGAAGAUGGUAAUAUGGAGGGGCGUAAGUGAGUGAUCUUCGCGACUGCUGCUAGUUACUAGCAUCAUGAGGAUUUUCCUAUGCAGUGGUGCAAAAUUAUGCUUACCGAAAAUAACUCUGUACCGCAUGCAAUCGAGUGGCUGUAUUUGAUUUUGGUGUGGGUCUUGCACGGAGAAACAGCGGAUUAUUGCACACUCUCAUGGCAGGUUUUGGUUUUUGUUUUUCUUACCAUUUGUCGGGGGCUAAGGAUGCUCUCCAGCUCUUAGGACUGCAUCUUUUGAACACUGAGCGUGAGGGUGGUAGCGCGAGGCGGACCUCAAUUGAGCUUCCCUUCACUGCUAAAACGGGUGGUGUUGCGUCGCUCGAGAUGCCUGGCUCUCAAUGCAAUCCAGUGCAGACAAUUAACCUUCAGGAAACCGAUGACAGGACGAGGGCAGCUUUUCGAGCUCGCCUGACAAAUAUUCUUUUGUCUAAGAAGCUUGCGCUGAAUUGUUUUUCUUACCAGAGCGACGGCAAACAGCAGUUCCGAUACUUAGUCACUCCCUUCCCCGCUAUAAAGAAGAAACGCGCUUCCUGGGACCAACUGGGAUGAAUUACCUCUGCCGCCAAACCGUUAUCCUCUGUGUAAAAAUAUACCCACCCAAUUUACAUUGCAACAUACAUAAUUAAGAUCGGUGGAACUCUGCUUCUCAACUCCUAAAGGAGUUUUCGCUGCUGCGACCCAUACUAGUAAGUUUGGACUCUCUCGCGGCUGCAACAUCGAUGUGGUUAGCUUGUGCUGUCGAUCCAUGCGGAUCGAUCGAGCCAAAGCCAAUUUCUAGACUACGUACAGCACGAGAAAAUGAAAAUGCUCCUAAUGGGGCUGCGCAUCAGACACCUCGUAAUUAUGCUCAUGCAGAUUUCCAUUUCCCUGACAAAAAUUAUGUCUUGGAUACGCUUUUACAUGUGAUAAUCGCAUGGCAGUCAUCAACGUCGGUCUCGAGUACCCGCCCGACCUAUGAGAUUCAUUGCACAACUCCCUCCUUCCACCGCCCAGUUGUCGUGCAAAAUGCCAUAAUCCAGUUGCUGCACGGCGGCACGGUGACGGUUUGCAUGCCAACCAGGAAAAAUAAAGCCCGAGUAGUAUGUACAGUUGUCGGCGCACCAGGAGAUGAAACUUGUCAUGAACAGGCUCCGUAAUGUCCGCGCCGCUGGUACUGCUCUUCGCUGAUCACCGUGCCUUGUUGCAAAAAAAGAGUCUGAUGAGGAAGGGAACAAUGAGUUGUGCACUUUCAUACGCUCCACCACCCGCAGAGGACGAAGCGGAGAAGCAAAAGGUGGUGAAGGCGAAGAUCUACCUGCGCAUACAGCGACCAAAACUGGGGCACAGCGACAGCAAAAAUUUUGACGUGCGUGGCGAGGUGAAGAUGCGGGCGAAGCGGUUUGCCUAUUGCGCGGAAAGCGCACGAAAAGUGAUUUACGACGAGAUGGUAUCAAAAGGAAAAAUCCUCCCUCCCCAUAUUGAAAGCGCAUCUAUCUGAUAAUUUGUGAUGCAGAUUUGUCACCACAAAUCGCGUUUGUCUUGCAAGAAGGCAAGUCCAGGCUGCCCGGCACGUUAUGUAGGCGAUUUGUAAUGCUGUAGGGCAUACAGGGCAGCCGUCUAUCAUUCUAGGCGCCUACACCACAAGGCCCCUGCUUAGGCUUACGAGCUGCGCGCAGUGCUCUACUGUAACACAGAUUUGAUUUGUGUACUGAAAUACAGCAUCACAAAUUUCGUUUUCGAUAUGGGGUGGGGGCUUUUUUCACUUUGAGAGAUGGCCGCGGAGCUAAAAGCCGCCGGGUUUCUCACCGUCAACCUGCGGCUGGACUCGAAGGAAUAUCAAAUGCAAAAAUGUCUGGGUCUGGAGGAGUGCAUGUUUGUCAUGCUUGUCUGGCAUGACUCUUAAAUCUGUCAUGCACGUUACCCGAGAGCCCCACUUUUCCGUCAUGCAGAAACGCAGUCUGUCAUGCAGAGUAGGCAGCACCUAGAAGCUCAGAAACUUGUCAUGCUGAGCCAGCACUUGUGGCCUCCUCAUCAAUGCGCCACCCAGCAUCACAAGUUUCCAGACCCAUAGAUUUUUACACUUGAUAAGGAACUGAUGAAAGCAAAAGUGCCCAUCUGCGGCGACUACAAAGUCGGGCGGAAGCCGGAUAUGAGAGUGCACAACUCCCCCUCCCCCUCAUUUGAAGGGCAUAAACAGCAACACAAGUGAUGGCAUAAAUGCAGCUUUUGCAUGACAAAUUCGCGACCGAUUCUAGUGCUGUUUCAGCUUGCGGAAUCUGUCAUGCAAGCAGUGCUUCAGGGAAAGGGCUGGAUUUGGUAUAGUCCAUGACAAAUGAGGGGGAGGGGGAGUUGUGCAUUGUCAUACCGGAGUGCGCGUUUUCAGAAGUGGAAAUUUUCGCGUCGACCAGGUAAUAUCGCAAGAAAAAACUGUUUCACUGUAAACUUGUAAUGCAGAAAAUGCAUCGCAGAAGUGUUUACGUUGCUACACAUGCAAGACUAGUGAUUUUUCGCAAUGUUUUCCCUUAGCAUCCUCGCAUGGCAAGUUUUCUUUGUCAUGUGUGCCGAACUUGUGAUGCAAAACUUACAGUGAAACACUUUUUUC